AUGGACACACGGCCCUCGGGCCAGGAUGGCGGGGCCGGGACAGCAGGGGAGGCUCUGCUCCUGGCAGUCCUGCUGGCCCUGCUGGCACCCUGGACAGGCAGAGGGGGCCCCACCGCAACCACCUCACUGAACAGCACGCUGGAGGCCGAGCUGGAGCACCGCUGGGAGAGCCUGCUGGCAGCCUCACAGCACCUGGAGGCUGCCAUCCAGAGCAGCGCCGGUGAUUACAUCAAGCAGCUGCAGCGGCUGUACUACAAUGUGGGCAUUGGCUGCCACCUGCAGGUGCUCCCAGACUGUCCCAUAGGUGUAGUGCAUGCGGACACCAGCGACAGUCUGCUGGAGCUCUCCCCUGUGGAGCAGGGCAUCUUGAACAUCUUCAGAGUGGCCAGCAGAUUCUUCCUUCAAAGAUCAGCCAAAGGCAGGUUGCCAAUAUCUCCUUUCACUUCAAAUUGA